AUAUACAUUCUUAUAAAGUAUUCCAUCUCACACUAAUCACCCAACAUCUUCUUUAAUCCUCCAUUUUCCCUAUCCUCAAAUGAAAAACAGAGUUGAUAUUAAUGAUGAAGAAGAAGUUCUUCACAUAGUCAUGUUCCCAUGGUUAGCCAUGGGUCACCUCAUCCCAUUCCUCCACCUCUCCACCAACUUAGCCACCAAGGGCCACCGCAUCUCCUUCAUCUCCACCGCCGGAAACCUCCGCCGCCUCCCCCAAAUCCCUCCCCACCUCUCCCCUCUCAUCACCUUCAUCCCCCUCCCCUUCCCCUCCAUCCCCAACUUACCACCCAACGCCGAAUCCUCCAUGGACGCACCACACCACCAAGCUCAGCUCCUCAAAAUCGCCUUCGAUUUUCUCAAACAACCACUCUCGGAUUUUCUCGAGAAAAUUAGCCCGAACCCAGAUUGGAUUGUGUAUGAUUACGCCUCUCACUGACUGCCUGGUCUUGCGGCGGAGAUGGGUGUUUCGUGUGCUUAUUUCAGCCUGUUUAGUGCUGCGACGAUGGUGUUUAUUGGGCCUCCGGCGGAGGUGCUGAACGGGGAUUGUGUGAGGAGCAGUGCAGAGGAUUUUACGGUGGUGCCGAAGUGGGUGAAGAUGGAAUCGGAAAUCGUGUAUAGAGUUCAUGAGAUGACCAAGUAUAUGGAGGGCUCCGAGGGUAACCAGUCAGGUACGUCAGACCUUGAAAGGUUUGCAAUUUCUAUUGAUGGGAGUGAUGUUGUUUUGUUUCGAACAUGUGUUGAGUUCGAACCUGAGUGGUUCAAACUCAUUUGUGAGCUUUACAACAAACCAGUCGUCCCUGUUGGGUUUUUACCACCAUCAAUGGUGAAUACUAAGUCAGAGGAUGAUGAAAAGAAAUGGAUUGAAAUCAAAGGUUGGUUAGACAAACAUAGUUUGAACUCAGUGGUGUAUGUUGCACUUGGAACCGAGGCAACACUAAGUCAAGACGAACUUGUUGGGUUGGCUAUUGGGUUGGAGCAAUCUGGGUUGCCUUUCUUUUGGGUACUGAGGAAGCCACCUGGGUCAACUCAGAACCAAAUGGAGUUGCUUCCAUGUGGGUUUUUGGAGCGGGUCAAGGAUCGAGGAAUGAUUUAUUUGGAUUGGGCCCCACAAGUUAAGAUAUUAGGUCACUCGGCAAUUGGGGGUUUCUUGACUCACUGUGGGUGGAACUCAAUCAUAGAAGGACUCAGUUUUGGGCGAGUUUUGAUAUUGUUUCCAGUGAUGAAUGAUCAAGGGUUGAAUGCUAGGCUGUUGCAAGGGAAGAAAUUUGGGGUGGAAAUACCAAGAAACGAGCAAGAUGGGUCGUUCACGAGUGACUCAGUGUCCGACUCAGUAAGACUGACAAUGGUAAGUGAAAAUGGUGAGACACUGAGAGCUAAUGCAAGAGAAAUGAAAGGUCUCUUUGGGGAUUUUGACAUAAAUAAUCGUUAUUUUGACAAUUUUGCCCGUUAUGUUGUGGAGAACAAGAAAAAAUUCAUUUAAAAAAAAAAAAUUGAAUACAACAGUGAUAUAACAUCACCACCAAUACGUGAUAUUGUUAUUCAAUGACAAAGUACUAUGUAGAUGUAAUAAAUCUCAUUAUAUACAUGUAAUAGUUACAUAAUUAUUUUAAAGUAAGUAGAUAAAAUUUACCUUUCUAUACGUAAUUUAUUAUUGAUUAAUGAUAAAAAAAAUAAGUAAUGAUUUGAUAUUAUUGUUAUAUUAAA